AUGGACACGAGCUACCUCGCCCAGCAGGUCACCACCAUCAUCGGCCAGCUGCACGGCCUGUUCGACGAGAUCGGCGUCCCCAGCCAUGAGCGGGACUCGCGCGAGGCAGAGCUCUUCUCCGCGCUCUCCGAGACACUGCACAACCAGCUGCGUCAGGUGACCAACGAGAAGCAUGAGAUGACCGAGGAGGCCCAGCGCCUCAUCCAGACGAUCAAGAUGAUGGAGGCGUCGCUGGAAGACAACAAGCCAAACCCCAACUAUGACGACCACGACACCACCGCCAUCACGUACCCGCUGACGCGCUGCCUCGCGGGCCUGAAGGAGAAGUACAACGCCGUCAGCAAGCAGCACCGCGAGCGCUUCGAGCAGGUCCGCAAGCUGGCCGAGGCCUUGGAGUCGUACGCAUCGCACCUCGAGACGUCUUUCGUCGACAUCAAGCUGCCGCCCACGGCGCCCAACGCCAACGUCUCGCCGUCAUUCGACAUCUCGCCCUCGUACGUCGCCAAGCUCGACAACGAGUUCUCGCGCGUCUACGAGGAAUACACGCGUCGCAUCAACACGGUCAAGGUCUUGUGUCAGGACAUCAUCCAGCUAUGGGCCGAGCUCGGAACCCCCCAGGCACAGACCGACAGCGCCAUUGUGCAGUGUCACCGCGACGCGCCGGAGCAGCUGGGCCUACACAAGGACGACCUGGCCCAACUCAGGGCGAAGAAGGAGCGACUCGUAGAGGAGAAGCGCGGCCGUGAGCGACGUCUGGCCCAGCUGCGCACCACCAUCGAGGAGCUGUGGGAGCGCCUGGGCAUCGAGCAGCACGAGCGCAAGCAGUUCUUGAACAGCAACCGCGGCUGUGGUCUGCGCACCAUCAACGAGUUCGAAGAUGAGCUGGCGCGCCUGAACGAGCUCAAGCGCCAGAAUCUACACCUGUUCGUCGAGGAAGCGCGAUGCAAGCUCCAGGAGCUGUGGGAUGCCCUCUACUUCUCCGAGGAGGAAAUGCUCGACUUCACGCCCGCCUUCUCCGACGUCUGCAGCGAUGCGCUCCUCUCCGCACACGAGGCUGAGAUUGCGCGGCUAGAGUCGCUCAAGGAGCAGCGACUGCCCAUCUUGCAGAAGAUUGACCGACACCGAGAGCUGAUCACAGAGCGCAACGACCUCCAACAGUCGAGCCAGGACGCCUCGCGCCUGAUGGCUCGCGGCCAGAAGGGCGAGAAGCGCGACCCAGGAAAGCUGCUGCGAGAGGAGAAGAUGCGCAAGCGCAUCGCUAAGGAGCUGCCCAAAGUCGAAGCCGAGCUGAAGAGCACCCUGGAAGCAUGGGAAGACGAGUAUGGCCGUCCGUUUCUUGUCCAUGGCCAGCGUUAUCUGGAUGAGCUGUACGCUGCCGCCUCCAAGGCAGCUCCGCCAAGAGCAAAGACACCCUCCAACUCUAGCAUGCCCACCAAGCCAGCGACUUUGCCCAAAUCUGCCCAGCCCACCCGUGGUGACAGCCGCGCAGGGACAGUUCGCGGAGCUCCUCCUCCAAGCCGAGCGAAGACACCAGUGUCGACCUUCGGUGCCAGCGUAUCUCGCAAUGCUCUUGCCAGCUCGGUCAUGUCCUCUGCAGGUGGUGCGAAGAGCCCGUCUAAGAUCCCCGCACGCGCGCCGUUGAACAGCUUGCGACACGGUGGUAACUCUCCAGAACGUCGACCUCCUCCGCCCUCGCGCGAAGACUCGUCUACUAUCCGAAAGAUGCCUCCUCCCAUGGCGCCACCUCCACGGAUGAAGGACCUGUUCGUACCACCAGAGCCCACUGAGACCCCCAUGAACCGCUUCGAAUUCAAUCGCGGCGACCGGAGCGAGAGUAUCGUGCGAAAUGUGCCACCAGAGGACCCUUAUGAUGACCGAGCAUACAUGUCACAUAGCCACAGCGUACGCGGUUAUGCCCCCUCGUACCCACCGCCAUCCCUUUCGUCAUCUAGCAGUCGCCAGAUCUCACAGACGUCGUCGACAGGCACAGGCGCUACAAUGCAGUCAGGGUCAGAGAACUGGGAGACCUUCAGUGAACAGUCAGACGACCCUCCGGAGAAUGACAUCGACUUUCAUCAAUAUCGUCAACGGCAAAUGAAGCGAUACACUCCUGAAGGUGGUCAUGCAGCCAGCCCUCGGGGUGUGCAAGGCAAGAAGAUCAGAAGUAUACGUAACGUCGACGGCGGGGAGCUGAUGGUAGAGAACGACGGCCGUCUGGUCCGCGUUGUCGAGGGCUCAGAAGCGGGCUGGACAGACGACGGUGACUACUGA